AUGUCUAUCUCUCUCGAGCAUGUGAAUGCAUGUCUUCCCAUAACAGCACUGAAGGCGGUCCAAUGGAGCGAUCACACAUUCAUUUUUGAAGGGCAAGGCCCAUUUCUUCAAGUAAUUGAUGACCAAACAGGAGAUGUAUUUGCCCAAGUGCGGGCAUUUAAACGCAAUCACGUUCAUGGCUUUAUCACCAUUCCUCGCCGGCGGGAAAGCCAAGACGACUCAUACUGCGAGUCGAUCAUUCUUUGGGGUGGGAAGUCAGUUCGCGCCUUUGAUGUCUGCCUUGACAAAAAUCAUGCAGUCAGCUUGACCGCAUCCAGCGUCGAGGUUCUCACUCCGGACUGGAUUAUGAGCGGGUGCGCAGCAGCAGCAGACCAACCGGAUACAGCAUAUCUGAUCACUGCAAACAAUGCGCUCUUGAGGAUCAAGCUUGAAUACGGCACAUAUGAUCGGUAUAGCACGAAUAUCGGCAUUUACCAGCUUGCGACGAGUGUGAAGUGCAUCUUGUAUGCUGCUGACCUCAUUGCGCUUUCCCAUUCUCAUGUCCUUAUUGCCUCUGGGACUGCUUUCGGCGAGAUUAUUGUCUGGUCUUGUUUUAUAAGUGAGAGUGAGCCAUCGCAAGCCAAAGCAGUCGCUUCUAUCCACCACUUCUUCACUGGCCAUGAUGGGUCCAUAUUCGGAGUACGGAUUUUCCCGAACAUCUCAUCUCUGAAUGGUGGGCUGUCAGGUAGGCUGCUGGCAAGCUGCAGUGAUGAUCGGACUGUUAGAAUCUGGGACAUCUCCGACUGCGAGAAUAAAUCAUCUCAGGACCUAUCCGCUUACUCCACUGAUGGCUUCGAGCUUCGAAGUACUGGAUUUGGCAGUGGUCUUGGGUCUGAGUUACAUGUUGCAAAGGCCUUCGGCCAUGCUGCUCGCAUUUGGAGCGUGAAUCUUUGCUCACCCAAGAAGGACAAUCCGACCACUUUAUGUCUGGUGACUCGAGGCGAAGAUCGCGCCUGUGUGGUGUGGGAAUUGAGCUGGGAGUCACCGUCCUUUGGCACCACGAAGUAUCAUCUUCGUGAGAUAUCUUCAACACAGCCCCACUUGGGGAAGCACAUCUGGGCUCUUACUCUUUGUGACCAGGGCGAAGAGACUGUUGUCUAUACUGGAGGUGCUGAUGGGGCGUUGAAAAGCUUCAGAGUCAACAAACAUGCUUUUUCUUCGACGCAGCACGCCCCUCAAGUCCAGAAAAUGCCCUCUGGCCCAGACGCACCCAAGACGCUUGAUUUUGUUGCUCCAGACUGUCUCAUUGCUUGCUCCUUGCGCAGCGAGCUCCGUCUCGGGUACGUGAGUCCAAUGGAGAAUGCCAAUGUGACAUGGGAGACAAUCUGCACUGCUGACGAUCUCCGCUCAUUCUCGUUGAUAACUGGAAUUCCUCAACACGGACUGGCAUUGAUAGCCAAUUCGCAGGGACUAAUUAGGCUUUACAACCACAGCACCAAAUCGAUCAACGAGUUGGUGAAUUUGCGCAGGCGCCCACGCGAAUUGUUCGUUGCGCACAGAGACCUUCUUUCUGAAUCUUUUUCGUUUGUUGCGUCUUACUUCGAGGGCGAGGAGGCCGCGUUAAUCAAUGUGACAGGGUGGAACAGCAGUUGCCCGCGAGCUGAGGUAGUAACCUUUAGUCUGCCGAUGGCACCCUAUGUCAUAUUCGCGGCUUCUUUGGUGCAUCACGGGAAGUUCUUGCUUCUCGGAUCAGAGCUUGGAGGCCUGGCCGUGUACCGGAUUGCGGGCCUUGGCUUGGCUUCCAAGCCGCUGGUAGACAGCAGACGUAUCCAUGGCCAUGAAGGCACCAGUUGUAUCCAGAUCGUGCCAUCUACUCCACAGGAGGGCCAGGAAUACAUAUUGACCUGUGGACGUGAUGGCAAUUACUGUGUUCAUAAAUUACAUGUUCACUGCGGUGAAGAUGAUUCUCCCUCCUUGGAAACCCUUGAUCGGACCUCUUCUGGUCUUGGCCGGGAUCUCUUUGGUCUUUACUUUGAGGAAACAACCGGUGAUCUCAUGAUCUAUGGAUUCCGAGCGCAAAGUUUCGUCUUGCGAAACGAGACAAAACAUCAAGAUAUCAUGUCCAUUGCGUCUGGUGGCGCUCGCAGGACCUGGGUCUACCAACACGGGACCAAAGACAGCAAACCUCUGCUCGUUUGGCUAGAAAGGACCAAUCUGCAUACACUACGCAUUCAAUGUGACCUCAAUCGUUCCAUCCGGGCCGGCGGGCAUGGACGAGAAAUCAGAGCUAUGGAUGGCCUGAGCGCUAUCCGCGGAAGAGGACCUAUUUUUGCUACCGGAGCAGAGGAUACCCACGUACGCAUCUUUGCUGCAUCUAGCCGGGCAAAUGCGGGCCCUUGGGGUUCAUUCGAAUGUCUGCGCAUUCUGGACCAGCACAGAUCGGGGGUUCAGCAGGUCCGUUGGUCUAUGGACGGCCAAUACCUUUUCACCAGUGCUGGCCACGAAGAAUUCUUUGUGUGGAGGGUUCGCUGGCUUCCCACAAUUGGUAUUUCUGUCAAAAUGGAGGCUGCCUGUCCGAAGAGUGAUCCGGACUCUGAAAUGCGGAUCACAAGUUUCGAUGUGCUGGAAGUAGAAGAAUCUAGAUCUGGACAGGGCUUCCUGGUCUGUUUGACAUUGUCCAACUCUACGAUCAAGAUAUUCCACUUCUCACCUUCUGAGGGUUACCGCUUCACUCUUCUGGCCCACGGGAGGUAUAUGACGAACUGCCUGACUCAAACUAACAUAUGGGUGAAGGACUUCUCCGUGAGCCUAAUAACAGCCGCGACAGAUGGGUACUUCACCCUUUGGGAUUUGACCAACACCCUUAAAUCAUUUUAUACCAUUUCUCCAUCGGGCCUUAAAGCCAAACGAUCGUUUGAAGGCUCUUGUGUCCAACCAGAGAACAUUACCUGCGAAAGCAGGUAUCAAGUUCUUUCUAAUAGCGUCAAAGCAAUGGAGUUAGUGCCUCUUUCCGAUACUGCCACAGUGGUUGUGGCUGCAGGCGAUGACAACUCGUUGUCUAUAUCCCUUUUGAAAACAUAUUAUACAAACACUGGCAUCAAUGCGCAUGUGGCUUCUUUUUCCAUUCCAGAUGCUCAUGCAGCAUCAGUUACAGCCUUGAAAGUUCUUCGCCGGGAGCAGCUUGCAACUGAUAACUCUGGCACAGAAGUCUCAAAGCUUACAAUAGUAACCUCUGGUAACGAUCACCGCGUUAAGUUCUGGUCCGUCACAGUGGACCCUACAAAACAUCACUCAGAGGGAAUCAGCGUGGAGUUCUUGUUGGACAGGUACAGUGCCGUGGCUGAUAUCGCCUCUCUGGGUUUCCUUCAGGAUUCUGCCCAUGAAGGCUGUGCAGAUCCCUUGUCUGGCACGGGAAUGCAAGGGAAGCUGCUCGUCUGUGGCGUUGGAAUGGAGAUGUUAAAGGCCAGCCUGCAGUGA